AUGCGCAGCAGCUCUGAACAGUCGGUUCUUACUUACCAGAAUGCCCACAGACUGUCUCAGCAACAGCAGCAACAGGUGCAACAGCAGCUUCCACCGCAGUUGGUGCUGCCGUCGGAUAUCCGCCGGAGCUCAAUGGCCAGCUCGAGAUCCGUUUCGUCGCCAGCUAUUUCGUACUCGGCUGUUAAUGGCAGUCCGGGCGGCAGGAGUCCUUUGCAUUCACGGACCUCGUCUCAGUCGAGUUUUAGUAAGGUCAAUAGCGUUUCGUCGAACGUGUCGCCAAAUACCUCGACCAGUGCACUCGUGUCGGGUUCGUCUGGUGCUCCUCAGUCCAUUUUAAAGAAGUCAAAGUCGUUCCAGCCCGAAAGUGACUCUACAAGUGCUAACACUAGCUCGAGAAACUCAUAUUUUCAUGCCAGUUCUAAUAGCACUAGUGGAGGCUCGUCGGCUCUUCGUGGUCCUAGACUUAGCUCGGUACCAGCUCCUCCAGUGUCGAAUCCUAAUGGCCAGGGUUCUAUUGUAAGCUCGUCGGCUCGUCAAACUUCAUCGUCUGCAAAGACUGGUCCUCCAAUUAGAGAUAUUCGCGUUUCGGCAAAAUCUCAGGGUCAAAUCCAGCCUUCUUAUACAGCAGCUCCACCUGCACCGCCGCCAGCAUCGCCUCCACCUCGUGAGCCCGAGAUUGAAGAGUCAACUUCGUCCAAUAAAUUUGGGUCGAAGCUUAAACGCGCUCUUUUUGGUGGAAGAAGCAAAUCUAGUGACAAGCUUACUUCGAGCGCUAGUAGCAUCAAUUUUGGAAGAGAGUCGUCUGGUCAUGCCAAUACCGCAUCUUCGGCAUCUUCUGUUCGGUCGUUUAGCAUUUCGCAUAUGAGUAGUUUGCCAGUUCCAGGACGAAAGCCCGUAGAUUCUGACACGAGAUCCAUGUUUUCAAUGAGAUCCACCUCGUCAACUACUUCGACACUUCGAAAGAUUGGUAGUUCUACAAGGUCGCUGUUCCGACGAAGCAAGGACAGUAUCAAGUCUGAACAGGGCUCUAGUAGCACACAAACGAUUCCACGACCACCGGUGUCGUCGUUUUCUGCCCAAGCUGCACCUAAUUCUGCUGCUGGUCCAGCUACUUCUUCUCCUACCCGCUCUGUUGCUUCUGCUGUUCCAGCUCCACAAUUGACAUCUACUUCUCUUGGCAUUAAACCAUUAUCAGCUGCUACUGCUAGUGCUAUAGUGACUGCCACUGUUGUACAAGCUGAACAUGUUAAUGUGAACAACAAAAUGGCUGCGUCAUCUUCGUUGAGUAGCAUUCAGAAUUCCUCUGAGUUCAAACCAAUCACUUCUCAAGACAAAGAAGGGGAAGAAGAUGAUGAGGAAUAUGAAGAGCUUUUUGAUUCUCCUAUCAAAAGAGCCAUUCUUAGAACUCAAGACUCGUUCACUGCAGAUGAACCUCCUCCUUCUAUGUUUGGAUCAAUUAUUGUAACUCCGUCUUCGCCUUCGGAAGAGUCUUCUCCUGCCAAUGGCUAUGAAUCAGAGAAUAUCCCUUCCUUGACUUCGAGCACCGAGAGCCCUGGAGAAAGUGACGAUGUCGAGAUUACUGCUGGUGAUACCGUGUUCCCCAAGACUUUAGAUCUUCUCAAUGUAGCAAACAUUCGCAGUUCUCUUGAACGGACUAAAAGUUUGGAGAGACGUCGCAGUAAGCGAUCUGUUCGCAACGGCAAAGAUGGCACGCCUAAUAUCGACGAAAAGGCUGAUGAAACUGGUAUUCCUAAUGCCACUGAAAUCCAUGUCGCCGAGACUGAUGCCAAUACCAUAAUUGCUGCUCCUACUGAUGCUCCUGCACCACGUAGUAUUUUGAAGAGUUCUGCCUCUUCAAUUGACUCUGUUCAGCUGACUCCCGAUCUGUCAUCCAAUGGAAAAGCCGGUGAAUCUUUUGAACCCCUCCCGUUGCACGCCACUAAUGAACCAGAAAGUACAGCUGCUUUUGAUCCCUCACCCCUCCGUCUCGGAGAAACUCCAAGUUUUGACACAAGCUUCGACACCAGUCAAUUGAACAACUUUGGAUUUAAUAAUACUCCAUCAAAACCUAAUGGUGAACAUGACGAUUUGCUCAACUUUUCCUCGGAACCCGUACUUGCCUUGGACUUUGAUUUUGACCAAAAAUCUGGCAAGGUUACCCGAUCUCAAUCCCCAUCAGUUGCAUCUAGUCCUUCAACGACGCCAUCCAAUAAACAACAACAAAAUACUCCAACCCAAGUUAAAAAACUCCCCACUCCACCACCCCAAUCCGCUUCUCAAGAUGUUCACAAAAGACCCUUGUCGGUCGCUAAUCCUGCAUUUGAUAUCAACAUUAAUAACGCUGUCAUUAACAACAAAAAUAUACCUCAUUCGCAUUAUCGAAACUUAUCGAGCCCUCCUGUUUCUAUGCAUCAUGGUCUUCCCUCACCUGGGUACCAACAACCACAAACAAUGUAUCAUCCUUUGUACCAACAAAGGAAGUCUUAUCAUGGUAGAAACUCAAGUUAUGGUUCAAAUGUUUCGGCAUCUUCGUACUUCCGCCAAAGCAUGGAUAGUGCGGCUAGUGCUUCUUCGUCCAACUUAUCUUCCAAGUCAAACGUGAAUACUGUUUCUUUUUCAUCCCGUAUAGUCAUUUACGAUACAUAUGGAAGAUCCGACUAUGAUAGAAGACCUGAGAUUGCUACUUGUAAUCGGUUAACUCCACUCUUGGCUCAGCAGAUCAAGGAGGAGCUCAAUAAUUUUAAGAGCGAGAUGGAAAUCCACGCUGACUCUAAAAUAUUUACUCAUUUCUUUUAA